AUGAACACCGGCGAAUUUCACGGCACCGGCUGCCCCCAUUGUCCCAAAGAUCAUGGGGGAGUAGACCCUACCCUUAACCCCAAAGCGCACCCACCCGAUUGGAGCUCGGAGGAGUUCCCAGUGCUCAAAGAUGCGGUCCCCCGAUUAGUCAAUGGAAGAUACUCAAAGCGGCGCCGCUCAUUUUCACAGGAGGAGCCGCUACAGUCGGCAACCCACCCAGUACAACAGGUAAAAUCAGGUACCGCCGAUGGGCUCGGAAAACCACAAACGAAGUCUUGGCGUGACCUAAUUAAGGAAGACCGCCCCCAUGUCGUGUUAUCGGAUGCCGCUGAUGAUGAGGAUGGGUUGGAUGAUGACGAUGUAAUCGUUGAAUAUGGUCCGGACGGGCCGAAUUUGAAAUUCAAGGACACCUUUUACGAAGCUUGUGUCAAUUCUUGGAGGAACGUAGUCAUUAUCAAGCAGCUGGGAGCACGUCGACCACUUGGGAUGCUUGCUCUGUAUAAUCGAUUACUGCAAAUCUGGCCUUGGGUCCAAGGAUGCUCCAUCAUCGACCAUGACAACGGGUAUUUCUCAGUCCGGUUUCAUACAGAUGAAGAUGCCAUGAAGACUCUUGUGGGUGGCCCUUGGGUGGUGAAUCGAACCUAUCUCCACGUCCAGCCUUGGAGUCAGGACUUUAAUGAUAAAGUCGAUACGAUUUCAUCCAUUGUGGCAUGGAUACGAUUACCCGGAAUGCCACCUUACAUUUAUCAUAAGAAAGUCUUCAAGAAAAUUGGAGACAUAGUGGGAAAAGUCCUGAAGAUAGAUCAUCAGACGGCCACACAGACACGUGGAAAAUUUGCAAGACUUGCGGUACAACUUGAUCUAACAAAGCCCUUAUUGACAAGCUUCCACAUUAUGGGUAAACCUCAGCUAAUAGAAUAUGAGAAUCUGCCAGAGUUAUGCUUCUCGUGUGGUCAUUACGGCCAUCUAGGCACAGUCUGCCCCACACGCCCAAGCACUGCAAAUCAUACAAGCCAAAAUGAUGGAGUUCCAGAUGGGGGUCGGAGGAAGCCUGUGGUUGACCCGGUAGAAAACGAUGAGUGGAUUGCAGCGAAACAAAAGGACAAGAGAAAGGUUACUGCAAGUCCGAGGGGGUCAGUUGCAAUAUCCAGUUCACGUUCUAAUAAUGAUGCUGAAGUAGGAUCCCGAUUCGAAGCUUUACAAGAGUUAACAGAGGAGGAGGUGGAUGGCAUUGAAGAUAUCCAAAUGGGAAAGGAGGUGCGUGUAGAGGGAGACAUUAUCUUCAAGGCCGAUAAGGGAAAAGGAAUAAUUGGGUCGACAAAGGGACGUGCUAUGAAGCCGACGGGAAUACACCAGAAUAAAGUGGGCCGAACUAUCCGUAAUAUGGGGUCUACACCUACAGCGGGUAUUGGUACUGGAGGCACUAAAGGAGAUAGCAGGGGGGCUGAGGGUGCACAAAUUCAGACUGACAAGUUGGUGGAAAAUGACGACUCAUUGAAUUUUCUUAGUUCUCAGGGACAAACAGUGGUUAGAGCAGAAACGGCUUUAGACCCAUCAAAGCAUAGAGCCGUCCACGUACUAGACAACCACAUCUUCAAUAACAACAAUGUCUCGGGCCCGGAAGGAUUUGAGGACGAGGUCAACGUUGAUAUGAUGCUGGAUAACUUGCCGAAGUGUGCUCAGAAGGCCCUUUUGGCAUCGAGUUUGACUGACCAGGUUGAUGAGACCUCGCAAGGUAUUAUGGAAGCAGAUUUAGAUGAGAAUGUCUCCGACACUUGUACUUGA